AAUGAAUCGUGCGUAUGUCAAAACACUUUUCUCACUUAGGACGACGAACUUAUGAAAACUGAGAAAUUUUUCCUUAUUUAAUACUGUUCGAAACAAACUGGUGCUCUGGGAAAAGCUCGCGGUAGCUAAAAGCAAUGGGAAACACGGUGUCGGCAGCCGAACUGGUUGCUUCGAAUAUUGUCCCAAAUGCCGCCGUAAAAGGGGAAGAAGCAGCGUUGCCGAAUGGACACCCUGACAUGGGUAUUAAACAUACAAUGGGAGUAAAUCCGCCGCCGGAAUGCCCAAUGCACCAAAAGCAGCCACCCAAAGAGCAACCCGUGCUUAUAUCGGAGUGCCCAGUUAAGCACGACGGUAGCGAGGUAAAUCCGCUGAAUAUGAUGCCACCCGGCAAUCAAAACCCAUCUCCAGGACAGCCGUUCCCACUACCAACCGAACGCCAGGUGUCCUCGAUUCCUAAGGUAACAACCGAUGGAAAGCAAGAAUUUUGGCUCUACCCGAGUCAACAGAUGUUCUGGAAUGCGAUGCUCCGUAAAGGCUGGCGCUGGCAGAAGGAUGAUAUUGCUCCCAAAGAUAUGGACGACAUAAUCAAGAUACACAACGCCAACAACGAGCAAGCUUGGCAGGAGGUUUUGAAGUGGGAAGCGUUGCAUGUACGCGAAUGCGGAAACCCACGAUUGAAAAGCUUCGGCGGCAAAGCGACCGAAUAUAGUCCUCGCGCGAGAAUACGCAACUUGAUGGGAUACGAGUUGCCUUUCGAUCGCCACGAUUGGAUCAUUGACCGUUGCGGAAAGGAUGUACGCUACGUCAUCGACUAUUACGAUGGAGGAAUGGUUGACGAAAAAUACAAAUUCGCCCUGCUUGAUGUCAGGCCGGCUAUGGACUCAUUUGAAAAUGUAUGGGACCGUAUGAAGGUGGCCUACAUGCGGUGGAAGUUUGAGCUUGAAGAUAAAAUAAAAGAGCUCAGAAACUAAAGCUCUACACGAAUGCCAUAGCUCAGCACUUAAAAUAGUGUUUGAAAGCUGCAAACUAAACUUACCCUGUCCCGACUUACCGGCAUCAACGUAUCGCAGAAUGGCAGUGUAAACCCUAAAUAGUUAACGGGCCCAUUUACUCUAAAACGAAAUUAAAUAUUAAAGAGUUGGAUGUACUAUAGUUCUGGAAUUGCAGCAAAAAACUGAUUUAUUUACUUCCGUGGUAAGAGUUAACAGCUGAUUGUUAACAUCCGAGUAUAUCUUAGACUAAAUAUUAUAACUAAUCACAACUGACGAGACAACAUAAAGCAGGAGACCGGCUUAAGAAUGGAUGGGUUAAUAAACCGAUAAAUGAAUAAACGGUGUCUGUGACGGCAUGCAAGAAUACAAGACACUGAAUAAGGUAAAGUCGAGAAGGAUACCGAUUUAGCAAACAAAUCUGCAUGGAGAACAUUGGCGCACAAAAAUCUUCUUAUGGAAGAAACCGUAAUCCCGCUUUCGAAACAUGCACACAACAUGAACGUCUAUCUGUCAUAAUGGCAAACGAGGCGACCCUGCCGU